UGCUUAUGAUCGCCCGAUAAUCUCAACUUGCUUCAAUUGGAAACAUUUUUUAGUCAUUCUAUGUAGGUAGGUCCAGAACCUUUCCAAUGUGAAGUCGCUGUGCUGCAUCGGUACUUAAUCUAUGGGCAUUAAACUUUCAAAAUUUUAAUUUUUAUUACUUUAUCAAAUAUAUUUUUGCAAACCAUACCAGCAUCUCUAUCACAUAGAAAACUCCGCUGGUCGAUCUACAUUUUAAUUUAAUAAGGAAUUUCGUAUCGAAUUUUCUUUGAAUUUGUUCCAAUCUAUUGCCUUACAACGAUGCGCAUUGGGGACGUCUUACGGAUCUCAGAACUUCUGGUUGUGGCCAUUCCUUAUCUCAUCUUCAUCUUAUCUCCAAUCGUUUGGGCUAUCCGGAAUCUGGUCUUCAUUAAAUAAGUGAAUAUUUUUCAUAAAAUUAGAGGCAUUCAACCUGAUUGUUUUUCAUCUUAGCAUAAAUUAUUCAGCCGUCGUGAUAUUUGUUCUUAAAACCCGAAAAUAUAAACGAUAGUAAGGGUCAAAGGUAUGUUAACACUUUGACUAUAUUGUGUCACCGAGGAAAUUCAAGUAUUUCGUUAACAAGCUUUUUUUAAAUCAAGACUACGAUAAAGAAAAACAACACCAUGGGAGGGAGCGAAGAAACUUCUAAAGGCCAAUAUAAGCACGAGGAAGGCGAGGCAGGCGGCAGACUGGAGCCUGAUCCGAGGUACGGCCGCUGCUGCAGCAGCGUCUGCCGUCCGGGCUACGCACUGCGCGACGCGCUGCUCGGUCUCCUCGUGCUGCUGGGUCUCGCUGUCGUAGUCGCUGUCAUAUUCGUCGUAUGCUUCUAUGUCAUACCGGACGAGAAACAGCUCAUUGAGGAAGGAUUGCUCUCCGGCUCUGCAGAAGAAGUGAUUGGUGGCCUCGUAGAAGUGAAUGAAAUCACGCUGCAGGACGGCGAUAAAUACAAAAUUCUUCCAAAUGAUUCCGGAAAAUCUACGGCGGGAAGAUCUCAAGACUUCAACACGUUCUCGACGGCAGCAAGUUUUGAAGCUCCUACCACUAAAAUAAGCUCAGCAGAUUCGAGUCAGUUCAAAGUUUUCCAAGACGCUGCUGAUGUUGUGUCCCCUACCAGGGAUAGUGAGGCACGACUCGAAGGUAGAGAUAAUGUCCACAGUGGUCCACGAGUACCAGAGAGUCACCAUCAUGAACAUAAUUUGGGACACCAUGAUGAGCGUCCUCGAAUUGAAGGUGGCAUGCCUCACGGAGAAGGAACCGAGCACGAGGAAGAGAUUGACUUCUUCGCUAAUUUGGAUCCUGAACCAGUUUGUGGCACCGUUCAACUGCCAAUGUGCACCUCUUCCGUUCCCUGGAACCUGGCUGGUCUACCCAACUGGCUGGGCCACCGGGCUGUCGAAGAGGUCUUUGCAUCUCUGGACAUCGUCAAAAGUCUGCUCGUAGAGUCUGAAUGUUCAGCUUUGGCCCCAUUAUACGCCUGCAGUAUUCUUGAGCCGCCAUGCAGAGAUGCUAAGGUUCUGCCACCCUGCCGGAGCUUCUGCUUGGACGUGGCUCGCUCAUGCGAAGUCCCUGAUUCUUCGGGUGUCGCCGCCAUGUUCGACUGCGGCAAAUUCCCGGACUCGUCCGAUCCCAGCGUCUGCGUGUCGGCGCAACAAGAGCCACUGCAUCUCACAAAUUCGGCAAUCGACACACAACAUGACACACUUCCUAACGAACACUUCCAAAAUUCUGCUAAUGUCCCUAACCUCCACAACACAAACUCAAUGCAACACCUUCCUGACCAAAGCAAGUCAGAUUUAGAUCAUGACACUCACUUUGUCCCCUCAACACAAUCAUCAACCGAUGAUGAUAAGUCGGAGUCCGGACCUGCAGAAGAUGGUCUGGCCAUCUGUACGAUGGAGAUGUUCAUGUGUCUCGAUGGCUCCGACUGUCUCUUGAACAGCUAUGUUUGUGACGGCAACCAAAACUGCGCCGAUAAUUCCGACGAGAAUAACUGUACUGUCAGUCGCCCUGAAUGCUCAGGAGCUGAUGACUUCCAGUGCGCGUCGACAGGACUUUGUGUACCAUCGUCAUGGCUUUGUGACGGCGCAGACGACUGCAGGGACAACAGUGACGAACAAAACUGCCCUCAACAUAGAGAGGGUUUUGUUCCAUUGACGAAUGACGAUAAUAAAGGGAAUCCUGUAAACGGUGUAGACGCAACUCUUCAGUCAACCAACGGACAGGGCGAAGGUGGUAACGAAAACCCACCGAGCCAAAAAGAAUCUGGCACAGGCGAACCGUAUAUGAGUGGAGGUGUUAAGUCAAAAUUUUCAGCACCUGUGUCUAGGUAUCAUCCUAAAGUCCCCGAGUUUGAUCGGAAGGAUUCUGCUGAAAUUGACGUGGAGCAACAAAGUGGCGCUCCAGAACCAGAUGCACCCCCUUUCGCAUACGAUGAAUAUGAUUCAAACAAUCCUGCAGUGAUCAACGAGCCUGCUCUAGUCGGUCCAAGUCUGAAUGAUCCUGGUCUUUUGGAAUCAGUUUAUGGCCCCAAUCUUGAAUUCAAUAGAGAUGAAGAAGCUGUCUUGCGAGAUGAACCAGAAAAUUUUGAGUCGGAAGCUAAAACUUCAGACAACCAAGUUGCACCAAGUGAAGAAUCCGCAGACGAUGUACCCCAUCCUGUUUUACAAAGUCGGCCAUUCAAUGGAAAUUUUGAACCCAGCGAUGAUUCCGAAGCAGGUUCAGAGUCAGCUGUCAUUGGAAAAGAGGAUAUAAAUCUCCAUCCUAUUCCGGAUGUUGAUUACCCUGCCAAAGAAACAUUUUCCGUUGAUUCAUCUUCAUCUGUUGACCAACGGGUCGUUCGUUUUAAAAAUGAAAAAGUAGAUUAUCAUGACUCGCUCGGUAGCGAAAACCAAGAUUUAAAUAAUCCUGAGGCUCCCGAAAAGCUUCUAAAAUCAACGUCAGAAUCGGACAGCAGUCCAAGCACUUCUAGAACUCCUUCCCAACGAAUUCGAGAGCGGUUGGCAGGGGCUAACCGCCGUCGAUUUCCUCCAUCAGCCGUGCCUGACCAGCAAGUUAAAACAGAAGGUUCAAGCGAUGACAUAGCUGACUCUGAAACUUCAAUAACAGCUAGACCCACCCGACCUCCAUCAAGAUUGGAAGGUUUCCAAGAAAGAUUUCGUGAAUGGAGGCAGCAACGUCGUCCUACAUUACCGGCUGACAUGCAACCCUUGCAAGCGACCAGGCUCCCUGAAGUGAAUAGGGUUACACCGGUAGAAAGGCGCUAUGAACUCAUCCGGCGUCGUCCACAGAGAGUUAACAAUGUCAAAGAAACUCGAGAGGAAAUUUCGGAAGCAGAAAUACCAGUUUCUAAAUCGAGUAGCGAGGUACUUGGUGGCGAAGAGCCUGCUGAUAACUUCGAAAAUCCGUCUAUUGGACAGCCCGUCACGCUCCCUAAAAAUGUACUACCUGAAACUAACCCUAACAUCUACAAUGAAGAACACGAAGAAAAUAUUGCAGAUAAUAAACCUAUACAAGACUAUCAUCAGGCAGCACCUCAUAGAAGAAGAAUUCAGAAUCGAAAUAGAAUUCCAAACAGAAGGAUACAACAACAGGAUCAAAUGCCGUACGAUGCAACGCAAACUGUGGCGGAAGAGACGUAUCCUGCAAUGCUUCAUAGGAGUGACGGUACUGAUGAGCCAGAACACGAGGAAGCCCGUCGGCCAAGUGUGAUUCACCAGGAGCCAAUUGAAGUUUACGAUGAAGAAGAAAAUUCUUUUAAUGAAAACGAAGCUGGAGAUACAAAUGUUCCUAAUGUUAGAGAUUAUGAUUCUCGAAGGGACAACGAGGAAUAUGAUUCAGAAUCAGCUCGCGAACGGUACGAACCUCCAACUUACACGCCAAGACAAUAUCAGGGACAAUCAGUUAACCAAUAUCGUCAAGAGUCUGAUACUGAAUCUCAGUUUAAUCCACCAAAUAAUUUCCGCGUAAGUUUCCCGCUUCCAAGAAACACAGGAUCAUCUCGUCCAGCUCUGUACAGGCACCGAAGUCAGCAGCCACCUCUGCCGAAUGAUGCUGGGCCAGCUAGAAGUGAGAACAGCUUCCAGUUCAACGGUCAUGAACGCGAACAGCAACAACACCAUCAAGCCGAACAUCCACAGGAGCCGCACCAAAACAACUUCCAAUAUCGCGAAGACGCGCUCACCUCCGAGUUACACUACGACGUUCCUGCUGUAAACCAACGACCCUUCAGGAUUUACCACCCAUCAGGAGAGGGCCGUCAUGACCCGUACUCAUCAGCCCGUGAGAGACCUUUGUAACGUGACUGACCUGACCAUCAAGACUGACGAGCUGUGAAAUAUGAGACCACAGUAAACCCUGUGGCAAGCAGCACAGCAACUAUUUUAACUGUUAGCUCGCCCGCCG